AUUGUUAUGAGUGCCCUUGAUAUAAUGAAAUUUCAAUGUCUAAGUAAGUGUGUGACUGGCUUAGGUUUAGCUCCGCGCCGCGCCUGAAGGUAGUGGUGGAGCUGCUUCCUGCCCACAGCCUGUCCUGGGUCGACGACGCGGGCGAGCCCGGCGGUCGUCGCCUGGAAUACACGGGUACAUAAGUGACGUUGUGAAGUACUUUGCUACAAGGAUGAACUUCACAACUACGUAUGUGUUGUCCCCCGAGAGAACCUUCGGCAGCAGAAUGCCGGACGGCUCCUGGACCGGCAUGAUCGGCAUGGUGGUGCGGGAGGAAGCGGAUUUUUCUCCUGGGCCUUUCGCAUUCACUCACGUUCGAUACGAAUCUGUCGAUUACACAUAUGCAUUCUUCUAUACAAGCGUACAAAUACUUAGCGGUCUCAGUGGACUAGAGACAGAUCCGUGGGGCUUCCUGCUGCCCCUCACGCUCCAGGUGUGGGCAGUUACCCUGGCGGCGCUGCUGGGAGUGCUCCUCGUCCUGCUUCAGUUUCCAUCCUGCCUGCCCGGCAAACCGCUCCUUCGCGGCAGCUGGUCCGCCAACACCUUCAGCCCCGUGCGAAUCCUCCUGCAGCAAGACGUGGAGUGGCCAGCGGAGUGGUGGUGGUGGGAGCGUCUGGUGCUGGGGCUGUGGAUGCUGACGGUACUGGUGUUAGGAAAGAGUUACUCCAGCAACCUUAUGUCCAUGCUUGCCGUGAGAUACGUGCCACAGCCUUUUCAGACUCUGAGGGACGUCCUGGACCACCCGAGCGUGGUCAUGAUCGGGCAGAAGUAUUCCGGUUACGAACAGCUUGUCAGGGACGCCACAUUCGGAGAGAUGCGAGAGGUGGCCGGACUGGAGAAGGAGGGUCGCCUGGAGUUCCACACACAGGCGCGCUAUAAGGAGAGUCUCGACACCCUGGUGAGGGCGGGCGGCCACGUGCUUGUUGAUGCUGGGAACUCUCUGAAGAAGCUUGUUGCCUCAGACUUCAGCAACAAAGGGCGGUGUGACUUUUACCUCUCCAGGGAUGGGUUUCUUCCUUCCUCAUUCGGGAUGGUAAGCCAAAAGACCAAUCCUCUCGUCCAUGGAUUCAACAAGAGAACUCUGGAAUUAAGCGAGCAGGGUUUAUUUGACUAUGGGAUGGAGAACGUUCCAAAUUUUACCGAGUGUGGAAACAUUCCAAGAAGACGUUGGUUAUGUCAUCCUUCUCUGUCUCUAACAUCUGGGGAGUGUUUGUGUUGCUGGGCGGGGGUCUGAGUGCCGCCCUGGUGGUGUGGUGCAUGGAGCUCACGUGCCGCCGCUAGGAAGAUUCACUCACUCUCCCCCCGCCCACAGUUUCACAGGGUCAUUAAUGGAUUAGCUAAUGAAUAAAACGGGAGUACCGGUUUAUCCCUCACUGCUUGUCUAUCUUUGUGUCUAUGCAUCUAUGUAUUUAUGAAACAAUAAAGCUAUA